AUGGAAAGAUCACUAACAGGCUCUCAAGAAGUCAAUAGCACGCUAAGCUUUAAUGGAAAUAUGAAACCAAUAUUGAAAUCCCCGAUUCCUACAGAAAAAAUAUUCGCCUUCACAGUAAUUCCUGCUCAAUCUGACCAUAAAAAGAGUAAAGUUUCUUUCAGGAAACCUGUACAAAACGUAGUGUUAGUUGAACCUAUAAUUUAUGAAUCUGAAAAGAAAAUUAAGAGUUGUGCAUGUGAAAUAUUUUAA